GCACACGGGUCGGUACAGUUAGUUCUCAUCCCGCUAUGGAAAAAUGGAAAAUGAGUCACUGUUUGGCAGAUUUAGAUAAAAAUAACGGGUAAAAAAGAAUGCUCCGCAGACCGUAUAUAUUCAGUAAAAGUGUGGAGGAUGAGAACACGGACUCGGGAGCAGAAACUGCAGGAUCGGACUGCAGCAAAAUGUCACGCAGUAGUAUUGACCUCAUGCCCCAUGAUCCUCCUCUGGUUGCCAUGCACUUGCUGGCCAACCCAGGUGAUUCUCUCCUCCUCCAGCACACUCUGGACUGCCUCCUGGAGUGGGUGUGCCCAGGCUUGCGACUUUUCCACGUAUCCGAGCGUGCCUGCCCAGUGCGUGAAACCACCCGUGCUCACCUGUGCCCACCAGCUGGGUACCCGUCGCUAGCUGUCACCCUGUUCCUUCACGAAUCAUGCGGCGAAGAGCGCAUCCUUCGGGUUCUGGAUUUCCUCCAGCGACCACCCUGGCAGUAUCACCACUCCGAAAAUGGAUGCACAAGCUCUGAUGCCCUGCUCCGUCCCUAUCUGCUGCCCGAGCGGGAUUUCUACAGCCUCGGUGCGGGCAUGCCAGUGUGGGCUGUCCGGCCAGUGCAUUGCGGGGGUGAAGUCCUGCGUCUGACGCUGCACAGCGUGCAUGAAAACUUCGAGGAUGCUGUGCGGCUUUAUGAGACAGUGCUGCGCAUGAGAGCCGAGGAGCAGAAGGCCGGUUUUUGCUGGUUUACGUUAAUGACAGAGAGGACAUUCAGUCUGCAGCUGGCACUCAAGCAGCUCGCACCCGGAGUGAGGGUGGAAACGUGCCACUCAGCCGUGCUGCAGUUCAAGGUGGGUGAGAUCGGUCAGCUUGUGCCCCUGCUGCCAAACCCAUGCUCACCUAUUAGUGCAACCCGUUGGCAAACAGAGGACCUGGAUGGCAAUAAAAUUCUGUUUCAGGUUAAAGGAGGAGCACAGCCACCGCGGCUCCUCUCCUCUGCUUUCCCACUCAGCUGUCCCACUCUUCCGCCACCAUCCCUGCUGAAGUACCCGGUUCCAGUCUCAGCCUCACCUGGCACCAGACUGUGCCAGCUUAAAGAGCGCACUCUAGGCAGCCUACCUGGAGCCCAGAGACGAGCAGGAGGUGGCACAGAGAGUUUGGGUUCCAGCAGUGCAUGUAGCACUCCUCCCGGUAGCUCAUGUUACUCCUCCCAGCGUAGCAGCCCCGCUCCUGUGUUUGUCAAUGCCUCGGAGCCAGUCGCAUCCUUCAGCUCUGUAUCACGUCUCCUGCUGGACCGAGGGAAGCCAGAGACUAACGUAGACACGGGCUGUGCAGUCAGUCUGCGGAGCCCUGGUCUGGACACACUCGCAAGGGAUCUACGAUGCUGCACACUGGGUGGAUCAAACGAGAAGAUUAUAGAGAGGAGUCAACCAGACCCUGUAGCACAGACCCGGGCAUCACAGUCCCGGGCAUUACAGCCCCAUAUUCGAGAGCAAGAACAAGUAGACGAGUUCUUUAUCUGACUGACCUCCUUUUAAUGUUGUACUUGUUCAUUUGCCGGCAGCGUCGAAAGGAAUUUUAGGCACAAUUGAUAAUGGACUGAGAAUUGUUAUUUUACAUACAGAGAAAUAUAUUUAGUGUUACCCUAGCCAGUUUAAAAUACACUAGUUUAAAGUGUGUGUCAUCAUGUGAAGGAUUAGCACACUGUAUGGUGUGUGUGUGUGUGCGCUUUUCUUUUUGGUGUUUGUAAGUGGUGCUGGACCCAGAUCAUGUUGGAGCUGUUAUAUACACACUGUGAGAAUACAUAAAAUAGCCAUUAAUUAAUAAUAUAAAUAUACAACUAUAUAACAUUAGUACUACCCUAUUUUGUCCCAACAAAUACAAUAAACAAUGUUUUUGUUGAAUAAUUUGUUAAUUCUCCUCGGCCCUUGUUUCACUGACAAAAGUACAAAGAUUUCUAAUGUUUU